UUCCUUAAACGUCAUCAUUCCGCGACCGCAAGAAAACACUCAUUCCGUCCACGCGUGAAAACAUUCUAAGGUCCCAUUUGGUAAGUCCAAUUGCAUCGACAGAUUAAAAAAUGAAGACAAAUACGCUCCAAAAGAAAGAAGUAAACUGGAAAAAGUCAAUCAAACAAACCGAUGGCGUCAAAAAGAAGAAGAAAUGGGUUCCGCAAAACAAAGUAUUUCGGGGAAGUGUGAAUGAAGGUAAAGGUUUUGCGCUGAAGCGGAAGGAGAAAGUACAGCAUGAGUACAACAAACUUCUGCGGAAGGAGCAGAAGAAGAAAACGACCCCACAGACUGCAUCGCUGUACCGCGAGGAGUACCCAGAACACCUCAAACAUUUAUACAUGGCCGAGGCAGAGAAACUGAAGAGUGAGGCGUGGACAAACCGAGCGAACAGGGCCAAGCUGAGAAUGAAAGGACGGGGCAGAGAGGCAGAGACGGAGGACGAUGCUACACAAGCACAAGCACAAGAACCUGAAACAGCUGCUCCUGAUCCAGAAGGCCCACCUGAGACAGCAGAUACGGCUAUUGAGAAGACAACAUCAGCAGCACAAAUCCUUCCCAUGAGCAACCGCAUGAAGAAGAAAAUGCUGAUGACGACAUCCUUCCAGAGGUCCAAAGAGGAGUACGAAAAAGCCAAAGAGAAGCGGAGAAAGAAGAAAGAGCUGUCUCGUCAGGAGUACCUGAUGAACAAGCAGCAGCGAGAGGAGGCCAUCCGGAAGUACAAGCAGAGAAAGGUGGAGACGUUUCAGAUGCUGUGCAAAAAGACCAAGAAGGGACAACCGAACCUCAAUCUUCAGAUGGACUACUUGCUUCAGAAGUUACAGAAAAACUCAGAAAGACCUUAAAAAGUCUUCCCUCGCUACUGUACACAUAGUCUCCAACAUUGCUCUCUCACUACAUCACCGUUCAUGAAUAAAUGAGCACUGCUUUGUGGUUGACUAUGGCCUAUUAUUAGUCCAAAAGGAAUGAAAGACAAGUUCUAUGUAGUAUUGAGGUCACUAGGCAUCAGUAACGUUAUGAAACAUGACGAUAGAUUACAUGACCUUUCACACUGCAUGGAGACAGACUGGCUACUGAACCAGCACAACCCAGCGGACGUGCUGUGGCUGCGGUCGAGUGGAAAAAAUUCUCCUCUCAUUCCUUGUGGAAGUGGUAAGUUUUUGGCUUCUUUGUCCUUCUUCCCCACUUCACUUAAGACGCUAUUAAUUUUAAUAUAGGUAAACCGGAGAGGCAAACUAGUUAGCUUGCCAUCUGUUAUGUGAUGUAAACAAAGAACAGUAGGCGUGUAAAAGUGACUAUAGGAGUAUUAUGUCGUGUCCACAGGCUCUAAUAAUGUUAAAGUUCGUAUUACAGUCAUGCUCUAACCACGAAAGUGUUCUGUUGAUAAACGAGGGACGACUAAGUGUCUUUUACCACAAGAUGGCUUUGUCAGAUAAGCAGAUGUUGGAAGUUGUGCCCGUGUGAUAUUAUGUUGUCUUUUUAAUCAAUAAAUGUGCAAGUUCUCCCUAA